UCACGUGACAAAAGCAAACAAGUAAAACAUGGUGGCUGGGUGGGUUAUUGGCAUGAAACAAGUCCCAAAAUCCAAUCUUCCCGCCACUGAGCCAUCUACCCCAUUUUCCCGGCACAUCCACUCAGUGCAGUGAAGUGCCACCACUUUCAUGAUCCAUUUCCGUCCUUACCUCUCUCCCCCAUUCUUAUCUCAUCAUCGAAUCACCGCCGUCAAGCUUUUCUCUCUUCCCUUUCUCACCCUCCCUCGCCGCGCCAUGUCCAAACCACCCUCCGCCUUCGACGCCCUAAUGUCCGGCGCACGCGCCGCCGCCGCCAAGAAGAAACCACCUCCACCUUCCGCCGCAUCCCCCAAGAAACGAAAAUCCCCUCACUCCUCCCCAGCCCCCGCCCCCACCCUAAACCCUAACAACCUCAAAACCCCCGAAACCGUUCAACCGCCUAGGGAUUCAGUUGAAACCGUUCAACCGUCAUCGGAAGAAGCCGUUGAAACUGUGCUUCAACCGGCGAAGAAGAUUUGCAACAGCAGCGGGUCUUUGAUCGCCGAGUUGAAGGAGCUGGCCCCGAGGCUCAAGAAGAAGCCGUCGGAGUUCGAUCCGAGUACUGUGGUUUGCUGGGAGAAGGGAAAACCCGUGCCGUUCCUGUUCUUGUGCUUGGCGUUUGACAUGAUUGACAAGGAGUCAGGGAGGAUUGUGAUCACGGACAUUGCGUGCAACCUUCUGAGAACGGUCAUACACGCUACGCCGGAGGAUCUUGUGCCGGUGGUCUAUUUCCUUGCGAAUAGGAUUGCUCCGGCGCAUGAAGGGUUGGAAUUGGGAAUUGGUGAUGCUUCCAUUAUCAAGGCGCUCGCGGAGUCUUGUGGAAGGACUGAGUCGCAGAUUAGGAAGCUGAAUAAGGAUAGAGGUGAUUUGGGAUUGGUCGCCAAAGAGUGCCGUUCAUCUCAGUCAAUGAUGCGGAAGCCUGAUGCAUUGACUAUAAGGAAGGUUUUCACGAUCUUUCGCCUCAUUGCCAAGGAAUCUGGAAAAGACAGUCAAGAGAAGAAAAAGAAUCAUAUAAAGUCUCUUCUUGUUGCUGCAACUGACUGUGAACCUAUAUAUCUAAUUCGUUUGUUACAGACAAAGUUGCGAAUUGGAUUAGCUGAACAAACUCUCUUAGCUUCAUUAGGGCAGGCUGCAGUGUACACUGAAGAACAUUCUAAACCACCUCCUGAAAUUCAGUCUCCUCUAGAAGAGGCUGCAAAAAUCGUUAAACAAGUCUAUUCUGUUCUUCCUGACUAUGACAAAGUACUGUCUUCACUGCUUAAGGAUGGUGUGUGGAAACUUCCAAAGACAUGUAAAUUUACUCUUGGUGUUCCUGUCGGGCCUAUGCUUUCCAAACCAACCAAGGGUGUAUCUGAAAUUCUGAAUAAAUUCCAGGAUGUAGAGUUUACCUGUGAAUACAAAUACGACGGAGAGCGUGCUCAGAUACAUUACAUGGAGAAUGGCUCAGUUGAAGUUUACAGCAGAAAUGCAGAAUGGAAUACUGGAAAGUUUCCUGAUGUUGUUGCUGCAGUUUCAAGGUUAAAGAAAACAAGUGUAUCAUCAUUUGUUCUUGAUUGUGAAGUUGUUGCAUAUGACCGUGCAAAACAAAGAAUCCUUCCUUUUCAGGUGCUUAGUACUCGGGCUCGCAAAAAUGUAGCUGUGAGUGACAUAAAGGUUGAUGUUUGCAUAUUUGCCUUUGAUUUGUUGUAUCUUAAUGGUCAAAUACUUCUUCAGGAAAACUUGAAAACUCGUAGAGAGCAUCUCUAUGCCUCUUUUGAGGAAGAAUCUGGAUAUUUUCAGUUUGCAACAGCAAUAACAUCAAAUGAUGUUGAGGAGAUACAGAAGUUUCUUGACAAAGCCAUUGGUGCAAGUUCUGAGGGAUUAAUCAUUAAAACAUUAAAUGAAGAUGCUACAUAUGAACCUUCCAAGCGGUCACUCAACUGGCUAAAACUGAAGAAAGAUUAUAUGGAUAAUAUAGGAGACUCACUAGAUUUAGUUCCUAUUGCUGCUUUUCACGGUCGUGGGAAACGUACAGGAGUCUAUGGUGCCUUUCUCCUUGCUUGCUAUGACAACAGUAAUGAAGAAUUUCAAAGUAUUUGUAAGAUUGGAACUGGAUUCUCUGAAGAUGUUCUUAUAGAGCGUUCUAAAGGCCUCCAGACUAAAGUCAUUCCGAAGCCAAAGGCCUACUAUCGGUAUGCAGAAACAAUAAAUCCUGAUGUUUGGUUUGAAGCCAGUGAGGUGUGGGAGGUGAAGGCUGCAGACCUGACUAUUAGCCCCGUUUAUCGAGCUGCAGUGGGUAUUGUAGAUUCAAACAAGGGCAUAUCUCUUCGAUUUCCACGCCUACUUCGAGUACGGCCUGACAAAGAUCCUGAGCAGGCCACAUCGUCUGAGCAGGUUGCUGAAAUGUAUAAUGCUCAGAAACACAAUCAAACGGACAACCAAAAUGACAAUGAAGAUGAUUGAAUGAAAUUUCUUUUGCCAUGCUUCUCUUAUGCCCGUUAAACUAUGAAACAGCGUUGUUUAGAAGCAAAUCGUUGCCUUCAAGCAUAGGUCAGAAAGCAUAAUUGUUUGUUCAACAUGAUUGGAAAUUUUAUAUACAAGGAGUAAGCUCAUGGAGGGUCCAAAAAGUAAAAAAUUUCCGCUUAAAGCAUGUUAUUUUGAUUUUUUUUUCUUCCAGAAGGGGCCCUUUCGCCUGGAACUGCUUGUAUAUGUUUCUGAUUUGUUCCUGUAAUGCUACAGUUAAUUCUGCUAGAAUUCACUAAAAUCUGAUUAACAUUUCACACA